AUGGACUCGAGCGCCGCCUGCUCCACUAACCAGCACCACGAAACGCCCAGCGGCAGCGGCUUUCCCGGCACCACCGAGUACAAAGGCGUCUGCUCCCACUGCUGCAUACGCCACCCUCAAGAAAAGGAUAUACACAGUGCUCUGAUUUCUGCAACCGCAUCAUCACCGCCACCGCGAAGCAGAUGCAGCGUGUGCAGACGAAGACUGGGAUUGUUAGGGUUUGCGUGCCGCUGUGGGGCCGCUUUCUGCGCUGCACAUCGCCAUCCGGAGGCGCAUGGCUGCACCUUUGAUUUCAAGGAAGCCGGCAAGAUUGCCAUCGCAAAACAAAACCCUCUUAUUAAAUCCCACAAGAUGCCACAUAGGAUUUGA